UUUUUUUUCAGAUCCUUGACACAAUUAUGAAAGUUGUUGCACUAAUUUCUGGUGGUAAAGACAGUUGUUUUAAUAUGUUAAAAUGUUUUGAAGAAGGCCAUCAAGUUGUUUGUCUGGCUAAUUUAUUUCCCCCAGAACAAGAGGAAAUUGAUAGUUAUAUGUAUCAAAGUGUUGGAAGUGAAGGAAUUGAGUUAUUUGCUGAAGCACUUGGCCUUUCCCUAUUUAGAAGACAAAUAAAUGGGAAGCCUAAAAGCCUUGAAAACGAAUAUGUUUUUGACUCUGAAGACGAAGUCGAAGAUUUGUUUCAACUUUUGGAUGAAAUUAAACGGUGGGAUCCGGAAAUUGAAGGAGUCUCUGUUGGGGCGAUAAACAGUACUUAUCAAAAAAAGCGUGUAGAGGAUGUCUGUCAAAGACUGGAGCUUAAACCGCUGUGUUAUUUAUGGGAAGAGGAUCAAUUGAAGUUGCUUGACUCUAUGAUAUCAGCAGGUGUAGAGGCAAUCAUAAUUAAAGUAGCUGCUCUAGGAUUGGAUGUUGAGCAUCUUGGAAAGACUAUAAAGGAGAUGCGUGCCCAUUUAAUCAAAAUGCAUUCUAAAUGGGGUUCACACAUUUGUGGGGAAGGAGGAGAGUUUGAAACUUUCGUUUUGGACUGCCCUUUAUUCAAAAAACGAAUUUCAAUGGGCACAGAACCAAAAAUAGUAAGGUGUAGUGGUGAUCAAAGUGUGGCGCCUGUAGCAUUUUUGCGGUUAGAAAAUUUGGAGCUUGUUGAAAAAUAA